AUGCGUCGGGCUAGGAUUCAAAUAAAACCAAAUGUUGCAAAGGCAGCGAAACAAGCAACUCCUGCUCCGGCUCCUGUUGCUCCUAAAGUCGUUGAGACUGUUCCAGAAGCGCCGGCACCAGAAGCAGCAACUCCAGUUGUUGAAGACGUCGUGAUGACAGUCAAUCAGAAUUCCUCUCCUGAUAACGACGAAGAAGCAUCGUUGGAAUCAAUGAAAUCUCUUCACGUGGAUGUAUCGAAGAAUCAUCAGAAUCAUGUGCACUUCACAGACGACGUCAUCGAUCAUGACAAAAUUCGAAAAGAGCUGGUUACUGCUGCUCAUAGCAAUGUUUCAUUGCUUUCACCAUCCUCUCAGUUCGCCACUCCUCAUCCACCAGGUCGUCUGAUGACUCCACGUUCUCGUAACGUCUCCAUGUGUGAAGACGAAUCGAUUCUUCAACCCAAACAACAACGCGAAAAGAAGAGAUUCUCUGGAAAAGAAGAAUUGGACACCAAGACGUGGAAGAUGUCCGACUUGACAAGAUGGAAUCCGAGAAAUGAGAUGACAAGCUUCAAACGAGAACGUCGUUCUUCGACCAGCUCCACCGUUAUCACCAAAUCGGAAAUUGGAGAUUUCGACGCAUCUCCACGUAUCAAUGCUCCGCAAGUGAAAAUUGGAGCUGAUGGGAGAUUGGUAAUUGACGAAACAAGUUUGGUUGUCCAAUCGGCACAAGUCAACCAUGAAUCCGUUUGGGAAACAGUUGAAGAGGGGAGAAUGGGAAGUAAAAUCACUUCCAUGUCAUUUAGAAAUCGAAUCUCCCGAAGGCCAACACUUUGGUCAGAAAGGGAAACUGACUUGUUUUAUGAAGUACUCCAAUGUACAGGGACUGAUUUUGGGUUGAUGCAUCACUACCUCCCACAAAGAUCUCGUCCGGAGCUCAAAUCGAAAUAUAAUCGAGAGGAAAAGAAUAAUUGGGCGCGACUUCUAAAGGCUACAAGCCAUCCGACACGUCUCGAUGGAGAACUCGAAAUACGAAUCGCUAAAGUUAUGGCAGAGAUUGAAGACGAAGCUCAGGAGAAAAAAGCGAAUCGGGAAUUUGAGAAAGAGGAAGAACGGAAAGUUCGAGAACAAAUUCGAUUGCAAAAAGCCGCUGAGAGAACUGAUGAGAAGAUCAAAAAGUUGCAAGCAAGAGAAUUAGUUCGAAAGGCUAGAGAGCUAGAGAAAGAUGCUCGAAUCGCACAAAAGUUGCGUGAUGUUCAGAAUAGGAAGGAUGCAGAGAGAGAAGCGAAGGAAAAGACAAAAAUGGAUGUGAGAAUUCUGGCUGACGAAGCAAAACGGUGUGCAAUGGAGGCGAAGAAAAUUAUUACGGAGAAAAGGAAGGCAGAAGCUGAAAGCCGAAAAGAAGCGAAAGUGCAGGCAGAAUCUCAUAAUUUGGAACGAGAAGCCGAGAGAAUUAUACGUCGCCUGAUUCAAGAAUCUCAACGGGAAGAACGAAGAUCCGCCCAAUUGAUUAAUAGAAUUAAUAGAAACCCAGCAAAGAAGAAAGGCGAUGAGAAUGCAGGCGAAGCAGUUGGAGAGGCUGCUCCUGCCGAUGCGAAUUCCACCGCAGCAGUUGAUGAUACUGUAGAUCCAAUGGCUUCUGAAGGCGAAGGUACAAAUUCUGAGUCAUCUGAAUCUUUGGAGAGCAGUGACGAAGAAGCCGUUCCAAACAAGACGGCCAAGAGGGAAAAAGAGAGAAUGAAAGAGGCCAGAAUUGAGAGGAAGCCGAGAAAGACUGUCACCGAGCACAAACCGGUUUAUGUCAAUCCGAUGGAUGCAAAGUAUGCUCACGAACCAGUCAAUAAGGCUCUGGAGAUGGCAUUAAAGGCAAAGGGAACUCUAUUCGAUAGCGCUGAUGAGGAUUUCGAAGUGCCUGAAAUGGAACCAAUGGAUACCACUCCUGGACCAGCUCCACCUCCAGCAGCUGCUGUUCCAGUAGAAGAAGAAAAAGAAGAAGAGGAAGAGCCAGUUCCACAAUCGGUUACCGAUGUUAUCGAAGAGAUUGUUAGAUGCAGAAGCAAGACACCAGUUAUGGAAGAGGUGAAGAGUCCAUCUGAAGAUCAUGAGGAGAAAAAGAAGAGACAGCCAAAAAGGAAAUCAGAGGAAAAGAAGGAGAAGAAGGAGGAUGGUAAGGAAAAGAAGAGCGAGCCGAAGGAAGUGAAAAAGAAGAAGAACAAGGUUCAAGAUACUUCAGAGGAGCCUCCAGCGAAAGUGGCAAGAGUGGAAGAAGAGGAAAUGAAUUUCGAAGCUUCGAAGCCUGAUGCAGUUAGAGGUACAGUUGAAGAUUUCAUCGACGUCGAGGCCGUUUCCCCGAAUCCAGAGAAGAUCGAUCAAGAACCGUGCUGCUCUUCCUCCAUUCCCUCAACGUCUUCUGCUUCUGUUCCUGCUCCAUCAUCAUCAGAAUCCACAGAAGAACUGACUCUCCCAAGCACCUCACUAGCCCGGAGAACCGUUAAGAAGCCAGUUUUCUGGCAUAAGAAAAAAUAA